UUGAGGGAAACGAUGUCACAGAAAUUAAUGUAAAAACGAGGACUGAGUGAUUUCUGAUGGCUGAUCUUUUGUCACAUUGGACAUAGAUAGUACAGGACUAAAACAGUUUAUCAAACUGGGGUGUGGAAGGUCUAAGGUGGACUCGCCACCACUUAGCCGUAGUAGUACAAGUGACAAAGAGAAGAUGGCUUCACGCUCCCUCCUCACACCCCAGUUCCCCGCCCCCAACUCCCAGCAGCGCCAGGGCGGAGCCUCCACGGGGCGCAACAAGGUGGCUUUGAGGCCCGGCCACUCCCUUAUGGACUGGAUACGUCUGGGACGGAGCGGUAAGGACCUGACUGGCACUGGGGGAAAGAUCCUGAAUGUCACCCCAGAGGAGCUUGCCAAGCACAACAAACAGGAAGAUGCCUGGAUAGCUGUUAGAGGAAAAGUGUACAAUGUGACUCCAUAUAUGGAUUUCCACCCCGGAGGUGUGGAUGAACUGAUGCGAGGUGUGGGUAAAGACGGGACACAGUUGUUUGAUGAGAUCCACAAGUGGGUAAACGCUGAAUCCAUGCUGGAGAAAUGUUUCGUUGGAAAACUGAACACAGAAUCACCCAGGAAAAGAGCAGGAAGUUCGGCUUCAAGAAAAAGUUUAACAAUACCCAAUGGUCCAGCUGCCUUACCAAACUUGAACGGUUUAAAACCUCCAUCUGGACCCACACCUCCAAGACAUGACUGGUUCCAGAAUGAUGACCGAGUGACCAUCGUAGUAUACACCAAGUCUAAGGAGAUGAAACCAGAGCAUGUGAUAGUGGAUCUCAAGGGGAGAGAACUCCUGCUGACUGCAUUUAUUAAUGACCAUACCUUCACCUUACACACAGAACUUCAGGCAGAGGUUGACAGUGAUUAUGAAGUCAAAGUCCAACAAGACACGGGUAAAGUGGACAUCAUGGCACAGAAAACUGUAUCAGGGAAACACUGGUCAUCGUUAGGAAGCCCAUUAUCCAGGAACAACACAUUUAUAUCCACCAAAGACAGAACCAUAGCCUACAGGCAGUGUAAACUGCUGAGUGUGUCGCCAGUAACUCAUGAUACCAAGUUACUGUGUGUGGCUCUCCCUGAGGGGUCCCGUAUGUCAGUACCACUGGGAUAUCACAUCCACAUACGCCAUGAAAUUGAAGGUGUGGAGGUGGUACGGAGCUACACAGUUGUCUCCCCUUCCUUUAGUGAAAAUGAGCAGGAUGAGAGAGUUAAACAGGGGAAAGUCUUCUAUCUCAUGAUAAAAAUCUACCAGCAGGGGGCGCUAACUCCUUGGAUAGGGAAACUCAGUGAAGGUGAUACCCUUGAAGUCAGUGACUACGACGGUAACUUCCUGGUGUCCCGACUAACGAACUGUUCUCACCUGGUCAUGUUAGCAGCAGGGACAGGUUUCACACCAAUGGUCAGACUGAUACAGGAGGCCCUAGUUAAUGACAGAAAUGCUAACAGGUGUUUAAAGCUGAUGUUUUUCAAUAAGAAGACAGAAGAUAUAUUGUGGAAAGAUCAGCUAGAUGUUUUAUCCAAGGAAAAUGUCCGGUUUACUGUGGAGUACGUUCUCUCUGAGCCUGAUGAGAACUGGUCUGGGUUAACUGGGAGAAUCUCAGAGGCGCUGCUGAAGUCGUUCAUUCCUACUGAGUCUGAGACAGAGAAACUUCUGGUCUGUGCCUGUGGACCCACACCUUUCACCAAGGAGGCUAUCCGAUUGUCAACAGAUUUGGGAGUUUCAGAGGACCAAUUUCAUGCAUUCUUGGGCUAGCUCAUCAUGAUCAAAACACCUGUAACUAUCCAUUUUGAAAGCAUUGAUUUACACAUAUUAGGUCCCUCUUUCCAGUAUUGAGAAACCUGUCAUCAAGAUUUAGCAAAAAAUGUUUUGUUUCUGUUUUUCACCCAUUGUUAUUCGCCUCAAAAAUAUGCAUUUAUGUUAAAUGUUUUAUCUGUGAAAAUGAUAAUUAUAAGUGAUAUGAUCAUUACAGGAUACAGGAUUUGGAUAUUUUAGUCGUUUGCAUCAGGUCAGAUACAUGUAUAUCAUUAGACAUUAUAGAUAAGUAGUGACAUGUUUUUUAUUUAACACUUAAUGCAUUUUAUGCCAGCAUGAGAUUUGACAGCUGCAGCGUAUAUGGCUUUAGACUGAACUGUUUUAUUUAGAAAGAAAAUAAAAAAAGAAUUAUGACAAAUUUUUUAAAAAAUUUACAGAAGGCAAU